CUGUUAUUAGAAUGACCUCAAUCUAAACAACUUCCGGUUUUGUCACGUUGAAUUUAUCGUUCAUUUGUUGGACGUUUGUUACUAAAAUGGGAAAAGGCAAAAAUAAAGCUGCCAAGACAUAUGCAGCAAUGAAACGAAUGAUAAACUUAAAAGAUUCACGCAUAAAAUAUGAAGAGCGACAAAAAAAGAAAAGGAAAUCCAAAAAGGCAAACCCACAGAAUAUUACAGAGAGAAGUCUACCACAGGCUUCUUCAGCCCUGUUCUUUAGAUACAACACGCAGCUGGGACCUCCAUACCAUAUCAUUGUGGAUACAAACUUCAUUAACUUUUCUAUCAAAAAUAAACUGGAAAUCAUACAGUCAAUGAUGGAUUGUCUCUAUGCUAAAUGUAUACCCUAUAUAACUGACUGUGUCAUGGGGGAAUUGGAAAAGCUGGGCUCCAAGUACAGGGUAGCACUAAGGAUAGCAAGAGAUCCAAGGUUUAAAAGGUUGCCAUGUUUACAUAAAGGAACGUAUGCUGAUGACUGUAUUGUUCAGAGAAUCACACAGCAUAAGUGUUAUAUUGUUGCCACAUGUGAUAAGGACUUGAGGAGAAGAAUUCGUAAGAUUCCAGGUGUACCUAUCAUGUACUUACAACAACGAAGAUACUCAAUAGAAAGAAUGCCAGAUGCAUUUGGGGCACCCAAAACAUGAUAGAGGCAAGAGAAAAGCAAAUAAUGGUUAAAUUGAUUGUGAUUUAUAUUCUUUAUAUCUGUUUAAUUUUCCUUUACAUGUACUUGUUUAUUACACAAUUUAUAGAGAAGAAAAUGAAUAUUGUUUUGAUAACAAUAAAUUAUGAGUUUAUUUCACCUGUGACUAAUUUUUUUACCUGUCAAAAUCUUACACAUGUGAAUAUUCCGCAAGGUAUUUAACAUUUUAAAUGAAAAGUAGUUUAAAGUACUGUACAUUGCUAAAUUUUCAUUUUGUAAAAAAUUUAUAAAUGCUGGUUAUCUGGUAAUAUUUUAGAAGUAAAUAAAAGUCUGUACAUUACUUUUCCUAUGUUAGGAUGAGAGAAACAUUUUAUCACAGUGUACUUUAUAAGAAAUUAAAAAUUGUUGAAUAUGUUUUUGGAGUAACUAAACUGUAUGUGCAUUAAAAUGAUACAGAAACUCAA